AAGAGCCGGUGCUCUGCAACUGCAGCAGGUUUCUUCUUUCAUCUUCGUCUUCCUUCUCUGUCUCUGUUUCAUUUCAGUUUCUUCUUCUUGUUCAGUUCAUUCCAUUUUUGUACUUCAUUCCUUGUGAUUCUUGCUCGUAAUGUUGCUUUUUGUGCUAUAGACUCAUAGCUCACCUCCUUUGGGAGUGAAAAAAGUCAGAGAAAGGGGCUAUCGGCUUUCUCCUCUAGUACUGUACUUUGGAGUUGCGAAGGAAGGUCGACUUUCUGAAAGGAAAAUCGAUUUCUGGAUAGCGAUAAUCGAAACACCUGUUUUUGCUAGCGGAGUGAUUUGAAAGAUCAAUCGGUUAGUUGAGCGUUAUUGUCAAGACGACGUGACUUUUUUUUUUUUAAUUUUUUUUUUAUUGUUCUUUUAAUUCCUCUGGAAUAUUGCGGUAGUAUUGUUUUGAUUUCGUCUUGAGGAGUUUAUAGUGUUUCUCAAUCGGAGAUUUAAAGCGGAAGUUAAAUCUUGUUUUUCUGGACGUUGGAGUGUUGUUUGACUUGUUCUGGUUGAGCUGCGAAAACUAUUUUUCUAGGUUUGGUGAGGUUUCGUGACGGAGUUCUGUUGUUUGGAGGACUGUGAGAAAUGAGAAUGGAAUGAUCUUUGAAAAGCAGACCGAAUACUGAACGCUGUUUUUCUUGUUGUUAGUUUGUUUGCUCCUGGAAGCACGGAUUUCCUGGCUGUUGACUGAUUUUAGCUGUGUAAUCAAGUCGUUAGGAAAUGCAGGAGCCAAGUAUAGAUACCGAUAAGCUUAGUUAUGAAAUCUUCUCGAUUCUUGAGAGCAAUUUUCUCUUUGGCUAUGAGGAUCAGAAGCUAUGGAUUCCCAAGCAGACACCUCCCCCUGUUGAAGUCAAACUGAUAUCCGAUACCGGAAGUACUCAAGCGUACGCUCAACAAGAAGCAAGUCGUGACGCUUCGUCUAUAAGAAACCAGAGGGGCAAGGUCUGCAUACUGAGCAUCGAUAGCGGAGGUAUGGGAGGGAUUCUCUCAGGUAAGGCUCUGGCUUACCUCGAACAAGCGCUCAAGUCGAAAUCGGGAAAUCCUGACGCCAGAAUCGCCGAUUAUUUCGACGUUGCUGCCGGAGCCGGCGUAGGAGGCAUUUUCACUGCGAUGCUUUUCGCAACAAAAGACCAUAUUCGGCCGAUAUAUAAGGCAGAGGAUACUUGGGGAUUCUUGGCAGAUCAAGGCCAGCGGUUCUACCGCCGCUCGACUUCUAGUUCGGGCGGAGGUUUAUUUGGGCGGUUGCUCAAAAUCAACUGUACCAAUUCCACCAGUUCACCCACCGCCGCUUUAGAAAAAGCGAUGAAAGAGGCAUUCACUGAUAAGGGACGGAGUUUAACCCUAAAAGAUACUCUGAAACCAGUUCUGGUACCUUGUUACGACCUGUCAACAACGGCACCAUUUUUGUUCUCGCGAGCCGACGCCCUAGAGAAGGAUAGCUUCAACUUCCGUCUCUGGGAGGUUUGCAGAGCAACAUCGGCCGAACCGGCUCUAUUCGAACCGGUAACAUUGAGGUCGGUCGACAAUCAAACCAAGUGUCUGGCCAUGGACGGCGGUUUGGGGAUGAGCAACCCGACGGCGGCCGCAAUUACUCAUGUACUACACAACAAACAAGAGUUUCCGUUCGUGCGAGGAGUUGAGGACCUUCUGGUUCUGUCCUUAGGAUCCGGCCAGCCGUUGGAGGCUCGCCGCGAUUACCGUCAGGUCAAAAGGUGGAAGGAGAAGGAGUGGAUUCGGCCCAUGAAUCGAAUCUCUGGUGAGGCCUCGGCCGACAUGGUGGACCAGGCCGUCGCCAUGGCAUUCGGUCAGUCCAGGAGCUCUAAUUACGUGAGGAUUCAGGCACUCGGAUCGAGCUUAGGCCAGGAUGGACCUAACUCAAUUACUGAUUCUGAUGCUGGUAACGUGAAGAUGCUGGUUCAAUUGGCAGAUGAAGUUCUCAAGCAAAAGAACGUUGAAUCCGUGCUCUUUGGAGGAAAACGAUUUUCAGAGCAAACCAACUUCGAGAAGCUCGAUUGGUUUGCUGGAGAAUUAGUGCUUGAGCAUCAGAGGCGGGGCUGCAGAAUAGCUCCCACUGUGGCUUUCAAGCAAGCUACCACCAGGGAAGGUGCUAAGGAACGUUCUUAAUGAAGAAAAGAAAAGAAUAGGAUGUGUAAGAAGAGAGGAGGGAGGAGGCCAGGAGGCCAGGAAGGACAAAAGACAUAUAUAGUAAUCUUUUGGUGGGAUACCCUUGCCCAACAGAGGACAGACAGUCUUGCCUUAUAAGGGUACAGGGACAAGAAAGAACUAGGUAAGCAAAUUUGGAUUUCUUUCCUUCAUUUUCAGGUCAAACAAAAUAGAAAUUGCAUGAACAAAUUAAUUACUUUCAGAUUGAAAAAUUCAGUGUGGUAAAAGUAAAAGUAAAACCCAUAGUUUGUAAGGGUUUGUGUGGCCGAGGCUCAAGAAACUUGAGUGCAGAUGGUGGAGCUAUCUACCUCUAUUAUUUUAGUAUUGAUCUUUAUUUGUGCUUUUGUAGUUAGGUUUCUUUUUCAUCAAAUACAUAUUCAAUAGUGCAAAAGUAUUCGAAUAUGCCCAUUUCUAGCUAGCUGCCUUAUUAUUUUAGCUUAACUGAUAAUAAUUCAGCUGGUUUAGGUCCUUUUUUUUAGUUAGGUUUGUCGAUAUAUUUAGUGGUUUUUGUAUUGUAAACUUGGUUAUUAGGUAGGUUUUGUUUCAUUUAAAUAAACCAUUAUGUUGGUUUUGCA